AUGCCUCCUCUUGCACUUCAUAUUACCUCAAAGAAUACCCUCAAUAUGUCUGUUACAUUACAUACCACCCAAGGCGCCCUCAAGGUUGAGCUUUUCUGCGAAGCAGUACCCCAAACCGCGGAGAACUUCCUCGCCCUCUGCGCAUGCGGCGCAUACAACAACACCCCAUUCCAUCGCCUCAUUCCGGGAUUCAUGGUCCAGGGCGGAGAUAUCUCUCUCGGACCCGCCGCGCAUCAAACAAGCACGAAACCAAUGCUCGAUUUCGAGAUCCCGAAAGGCGGCACAUCGAUCUACCACCCGGCAGCAAUGAACCAAGAAAUCCACCUCCCGUCGCUGCGACACAACGCACGGGGCAUUCUGUCUAUGGCGUCUCGUCCGGUGAAAGACAGGACGGCGCCUGGCUCUCAGGGCGCAACGGGCGCAACGAUCAACGGGAGUCAAUUCUUCAUUACGUUCGUGCCAGCGCCGCAUCUUGAUGGCGCUAGUACUGUGUUUGGGAAGGUGUUGAAUUUGACCGCCCAAGACGAAGGCGGUGAUGUUCUUACCAAACUCGAGAAGGCGAAUGUUAAGGUCGACAAGAAGGGGAAAGUCUCUCAGCCCAAAGAGGAUGAUGAUUUUGAAGCAUUCAAGAUCAAUAAAGUCACUAUCCACGCGAACCCAUUUGCGAAGUGA